GGGGCCGCCGGAGCAUUCCUGUAGUGCUUCCCUCAGCAACAAACAUGAGGUGGUGUUUGCUGUUGCUGUGUGUUCGGGGCUGCUUCGGCUCUUACUCCCCAGAUGAAGUCCUGAGCUUACCUGGUCUGAGCAGCCGCUUAAACUUCAGGCAGUGGUCCGGGUACCUUCAGGCGUCUCCAGGCAAACAUCUCCACUACUGGUUUGUGACGUCUCAGCGAAACCCAGUCAAAGACCCUAUGGUCCUGUGGCUGAACGGUGGGCCUGGGUGCAGUUCCUUAGAUGGAUUCCUCUCUGAAAAUGGACCUCUGCACGUGAAUGAUGAUGGCAGCACACUCUACAUCAAUAAAUACAGCUGGAAUAAAGUGGCCAAUGUUCUCUACCUGGAGUCCCCGGCCGGAGUUGGUUUCUCCUACUCGGAUGAUCAAAACUAUGCCACCAACGAUGAUGAGGUUGCAGAAAACAAUUACCUGGCCCUGCAGGAUUUCUUCAGUAAGUUCCCCAACUUCACAAGCAAUGAUUUCUACAUCUUUGGUGAAAGCUAUGGAGGCAUCUAUACACCGACCCUGAGCCUGAAAAUUGUGGAUGGACCAGCUAAGAUUAACUUCAAGGGCUUUGCAGUUGGGAAUGGACUAAGCAGCUUAUAUUAUAAUGACCAGUCACUCGUCUACUUUGGAUAUUACCAUGGACUCUUUGGGGACACAUUGUGGAACAGACUGAACAGAUACUGCUGCAAGAAUGGAUCCUGCAACUUCUUCAACAACACCAACAUUAACUGCCGAGAAACGUUGGAGGAAGUCUUUAUGAUAAUCUACAACAGUGGGCUCAACAUGUAUUCACUGUACAUGGACUGUGCUGGUGGAGUACAGAAAAAUAACAUGCGCUUCCUCAAAGACCUUCAGAGCCUCUUCCAAUUUUACCAGUUUGAAGUAAUGGAGGACUCCAAUGAUUCCAGUAACUUGGUUCCUCCGUGUAUUAACGGUACAGCUCAGAAUGCAUGGCUAAAUCGUGCAGAUGUGAGAAAAGCCCUUCAUAUUCCACAAUUUGUCCCAACAUGGGAUAUCUGCAGUGAUGUGGUUGGUGAAAAGUAUGAGCGUGUCUAUGCCACAAUGCGUGACUUCUACGUGAAGCUGCUCAGUAAGGGUCUCCGUGUGCUGGUCUACAAUGGGGACACGGACAUGGCUUGCAAUUUCCUGGGCGAUAACUGGUUUGUUCAGUCAUUGAAUCAGAAGAAAACUCAAGACUAUCAACCGUGGAUUUACAAUAAACAGAUCGCAGGGUUUUACGAACAGUUCGGGAACCUUACUUUCCUGACUGUCAAGGGGGCUGGACACAUGGUACCACAGUGGGCACCAGCACAAGCUUUGAAGAUGUUUGAAUCUUUCCUGUCCAACUCUGCAUACUGAUGAGGCUGCUGCCUCACCCUGAGUGUUUGUUGUCUACCUUGUUGCCUUAUUAUCAGCCACUUGUUAAAUCUUUUCUUUCUUUC